AUGCAGCACCACUCCCCCUCCAGUGCAGCACCACUCCCCCUCCACUGCUGCUACCACUGCUGGUGUCACUGCUGGCCUUCCCUUUCUGCUCGCACUGCUGCUGCCACCGGUAGUGUCACCGCAUGCCUCUUCCCUACUCCCUUCGCUGGUGUCACUGCGGGUGCCACCUCCAAUGCAGCAGCAGCAGCACUAAUCCCCUCCCAGCAGCAGCCCCACUCCACCACUUCACAGCACCAGCAGCAGCAGCACAUGGGAGGGAGGCAGCAUCAUUUUCUCCCACUGCUGCUCCUCUGCUCCUCUGCAGUAGCACACGGGAAGGGUGGCACUGCUGCUGCCACUGCUGCAGCGGCGUGGGCCACUGCAGCUGUGCAGCAGCAGCACGCAGGAGGCGGUAACAGCUCGCAGCUGGCUAGUGUCGAUUUCACAGCCGUGCCUGUGUGCCUUCUCCCCUCCAUGCCUUCUCCCCUCCAUGCCUUCUCCCCUCCAUGCCUUCUCCCCUCCAUGCCUUCUCCCCUCCAUGCACCCAGCAGCGUUGAAGGCCAGCAGCAGCAGCAGCACCACCUCCCAACGCAGCAGCAGCACACGGGUGCAGCUUGCACCUUGCUGUUGCCAACUCUGGCCCCUUCUCUGCGCCUCUGCUCUAUUCACCUGCUCAUCACCUCUCUUGCAGUGGCCUUCUCUUCUGCACACGGGAGGGAGGCAGCAUCAUUUUCUCCCGCUACUGCUCCUCUGCUCAUCUGCAGUAGCACACGGGAAGGGUGGCCUUCUCUUCUGCUGCCACUGCUACCACUGCUGGUCCCACUGCUUGCACUCCCUUCUGCUGCCUCGGCUGCUGAAACCACAGCGUUGGGGGGAAUCGCAGCUGCGCAGUUCUCUGCUCCUCUGCUCCUUUGGCCUUCCCCCCUCCGUGCCUUCUCCUCCGUGCCCUCUGCUCCGUAUCUCUCCAAUGCUCCAUCUCCUUCCUCUUCUCCAUCAUCUCCUUUGUCUCUCCUUCCUCUCUUCUGCUGCUCUGUCUCCUGUGCUGCUGUGAAAUGGGAAGAGGCAGGCACAGGGCUGAUGAGCGCAUAA